UUUUUUUAUGGAAGGGAUAUUUUUCCUCCUGUUUAAGAACUGCACCCCAGUCGGAGAAAAUUUCUGUACAAAAUCUCUCUCUGCUACUUCGGGGGCUUGGGUGUCUAUUCAACGACACCGGCCGAUUCGAGUUUGACUCAGUCCCCCAACCCGCAACGCCAGUAGUCUCCCCUCCUCUCCCUUCUUCAGCUUUCCUUGCGGCGGCGAGGUAAUUGAACUCCAGCUGGGUUGCUUCUGCUGUCGAGCUACAAUGGGCUCAGUUGCACAGGGUUUUACCAAGUCUCUGGCGAUGACUAUUCUGUCCGAGAUCGGCGACAAGACCUUCAUCGCCGCCGCGAUAUUGGCAAUGCGCCAUCCAAGGAGGCUUGUUUUGGCAGGAUGCCUGGGUGCAUUGAUCGUUAUGACUAUGCUUUCUGCUGUUGUCGGUUGGGCUGCUCCAAAUCUGCUCUCUCGUACAUGGACACAUCAUAUCACGACAGUAUUGUUUUUUGGCUUUGGGCUUUGGUCUUUGUGGGAUGGAUUUAAAGGAGAUGGGGAUGCUGAUGAAUUGGCUGAAGUGGAAGCAGAAUUGGAUGCUGAUUGGAAAUCUAGUGCUGGAACGAACAAGGAAGAUAGCAAGAAUGGGGAUGAGUCAAAAAAGAAAAGGCGGCCAUUUAUGGCACAGUUCUUUUCACCUAUUUUGUUGAAGGCGUUCUCCAUUACAUUCUUUGGUGAAUGGGGCGACAAGAGUCAGCUAGCUACUAUUGGUUUGGCUGCUGAUGAGAAUCCAUUUGGUGUUGUUCUUGGUGGGAUUUUAGGACAAGCAUUGUGUACAACUGCUGCUGUUGUAGGAGGGAAGAGCUUGGCCUCACAGAUAUCUGAGAGAAUGGUUGCCCUCUCAGGUGGAAUUCUAUUCAUUGUAUUUGGCAUCCAAUCCUUUCUUUCAGACGUCAGCUAAAAGGAGAAGCUUUAUAAACUAUACUAACGGGAUAGCAAAGGUGGUUCAUCUAGUCGUAGAAACCACAGGCGUGGUGGAAGUCUGCUAUUAAUUUAUGCUCAGCCAAGUUCCAGAGCGGUACUCUCUUUGUAACGAAAGAUUGGUCUAUCUGAACGAGGAAGAUACUGCGCCAUAUUUCUGGCAUCGGAGGAUGUUUGAUGGAACUACUGUGUGGCUGAGCAGAUGAUUUAACAUGCCUUUACCUGGGGACUUAAAUAAGAACAUUUUCUUUUUAUACUGCUUUUGUCACCUCCAACAAGCUCAUGGGGGUUCCAGAUAAUCAAUCAAAUCUGCAUUGACCUCACUCUCAGUCGCCAAGAUUGUAUUAUGGAACGUUGCCAAAAUUGGAUUAGACUUUAUGGACUUCUCAUAUUUUCUUGUUCAGUAAAAUUACUACCACAACUGCUAAAUAGUAGGACUGAAGUCGA